AUGUUGGCAGUAGAAAGGGGUUCGGGCGCGGGGACCACGCGGAGGUGCAGCUAUGGCCCGCGCCGGCAGCAGGACCGUGUAAUAAGCCAGCGCGCCGCGGGUGUGGGGGGAAAGAGUAGAGGGCGCCGCGGGAGUAUGACGGGGCUGUAUGAGCUGGUGUGGCGGGUGCUGCAUGCUCUGCCCUGUCUGCACCGCACGCUCACCUCCUGGAUCCGCGUUCGGCUGGGCACCUGGAACUGGAUCUGGAGGCGCUGCUGCAGCGCCGCCUCUGCCGCGGUCCUAGCGCCCCUCGGCUUCACGCUCCGCAAGUCCCUGGCUGCGGGCAGGAACCGCCGGCACCACCGGCAGCCGCGCGGCGGACUCGGCCGGGCCGCCGCCCACCCCCGGCUGCGCUGGCGCGCGGAUGGCCGUUCCCUGGAGAAGCUGCCUUUGCACAUGGGCCUGGUGAUCACCGAGGAGGAGCCGGAGCCCAGCUUCUCGGACAUCGCCAGCCUCGUGGUUUGGUGUAUGGCCGUGGGCAUCUCCUACAUUAGCGUCUAAGACCACCAAGGUAUUUUUAAGAGAAAUA